UCGUGACAUGAAGAUUCCGCUACUUGGCGAGCCCCGCUAUUCAGUGGAUGCGGAAACUUAGCCAGUUGGCCCCUACUAGCUCCUACGCUCCGUUCAAGUAUCGAUUCGUGUCACGCUUCCAAACUGCGAGUGUUCGUUCUCCGUAGAAAAUUAAUAACAAUUACGCAUCUUCCGUACGCAUUAGCUGGUUAUCGUUUGCCUUGUCAGGUGUGCGGUUAAGUUAUCUACGGUUCUUCAUCCAAGAUACAAUCGAAGGACAUAUGUAAUCCUAGAAAAAUCUACUGAAAAGCUUAAAAAGCUUGCCGGAGCCCACACUUACUAUACACCAAGUAUAUAUCUGUUGCAUCUUGAGAAGUGUUUUCUAGAUCAGAUCCUAUCUAGCGUAAUCGAUCGCAACGAACCGAACUCGAUCGUCAACAAAGGGGAAGAGAGCAAAAUACGCCGACUCACAAUUGCUGAAAUUUCGUUGAAAAAUUUUCCAUCGAGACAAAUCGCACGCGAUUGAGUGAAAAUUUAAUUUUCCCAGAAAACAACGUGCUUUCCGGGGAGCAUUUUUCGCGGAAGAUUCGAAAUUCUCGUUCCAUUUGAAGUUCUUGGAGUGAUCCAUUUCGAAUUUGCAGCAAUUUCCUAAAAUAUUAUCGAACGGGUUAGAAUCCAUUUGCCUUCGAAGUUUUAAUCCGUAUCCUGUUAUUCGAAAAAACAGCUUCGUUCCAUUUUUUAGGUAGCCUAGAAUUGCCAGAGAUUCAGUUGUGUGCGCGCGAUUCGGAACUGAGUUGCUGUAGAUAUAACGACUACUUUCUACUAUUACCUUAGGAUAUUGUGAUUAGCUUUUAAUUGCUCCGCUAUUUAGUGUAUCCAUAGUUUAUCAUCUUUAUUGCUGUAAACAAAAAUAGGAGUUUCAAAUUCUGCUGGUGCUUGUUAUUCUAUUUUUAAGCGUUGAAAACGUGACUUGCUGAGAAUCCACACUCAACAGUGAAUAUUUCAACUAAAUCUUUUUCCGCAUUCAAUCGACCAGACAUAAUUAUAUCACAGGUGCGCGUAGUGGUAAAACUAGCCGAAAACUCAUUGAAAAAUUAGUGCGCAAACGUGCGAAUAACGCUGUACAAUCGUGGCUACACCCUUGACUUAAAUUCUCUAAAUCUUGCCAACUUUCAUAUUGGGAAAACAUCAGAACUAUUUCAACAAUGGCAGGAGGACGAGGUCAAAAAUUCAAAUCGAAUCAACAGCAACAACCGUCACAACAAUCCCAGCAGGGGGUGAAGUAUCAAGAUGAGCCACCGAAAUCGCAGACACAACACAGAGGACACCAAUCACCUGUUGAUAAUGAUUGUUCGCCCCCAUCGAAGGGCAAUGGCCGCCCGUUGCGCAGGGCAACUAGUAAGCAAGAACAGGUGAAAAAUGAGACCUCAUCAAAGCUAUCCGAAUCUUCUCUUCAAACCAAAGAUAACUUCCCGCCAUCAUCGAACUACAAACAAAAUUCUAGAAAUUCGAAUACAAACGGUCGGAAAUUCAACGGAAAAGAUGGCGGUCGUUAUGUUAGAAGUGAAAGCGUUCCAACGGCCAUGACAGCGGUCAGUCACAGGAAAAACAAUCACGGGAAAAUAAAACACAGUCCUGAAUGCUUGGCUGCUAUGCAGAUGCGUUUUCAGAAGUUGAAUAACCUGGACAAGAUCGCAUUCGUGCCUGUGCCCAUGUCAUUUUUCAAAUCCAACAUAAAAUUGGCAUCGCGAAAUUUCCGAAAUAGUGAGAAAGAAAAUGCUCCUGAGGAAGCUACUGAUCCUUCCACCGGCGACAAAACCCAGAAGGAGUUCAAGGUUCCGACAUUGAUUUAUGAACGAAGCAAGCCUGUCGACUCAUCGUCCCGUAUUUGUGGAGUACAAGCUGAUACCAAAUGUCUGACAAUUUACGAGAAAAGUGGGAGCGGACAGCAUCAGUUCCCGUUAAUGCAGUGCGGGACAUUAGAAAUACCCGAUUCAUUCGCCCAGCGAACAUUUAGUAAUAGAAUGGACGCAUUUCAUGUCGAAGACGAUGGUUUUCACUCGGACGGCACAGAAACUCCACCACCAAGUCCCAGUUCUGGAAGUUCCAUUGCAUCAACAUCGGAUCAUGGAUCCUUGGAGAAUGUCGAUACGGGAAGUGCUCAACGUUUGGCAGUGCUCUCAUUUGAGCAAGUUCGAAAAUUGAACGAUGUUAUGAAUGAAACAGUUGCCAUACACGGCAGAGGGAAUUUCCCCACGCUUGAAGUACCACUGAAAGACUUAGUGACACUAGUGAGGAAGAAACUGGAAAUGGAUGUGCCCUCCGGUGGGGCUGGAAUGCAUGUAAAGGAUAUUAGACUGAAUGGUGGCGCAGCUAGUCAUGUGUUGGCUUCAGAGGAUCAACCAUACAAUGAUUUGGAUUUGAUUUUUGCAGUAGAGCUAAGUUCAAAUAGGCAUUUCGAUAGAGUCAAGUCAGCCGUUCUGAAUACACUAUUUGAUUUGCUCCCGGAAGGCGUCUCUAGGAGGCGUAUUUCUCCAUGCUCACUUAAGGAGGCUUAUGUAGGCAAAAUGGUGAAAGUUAAUAAUAACAACGACGGCGAUCGAUGGAGUCUGAUUUCUUUGGGAAACUCACCCGGUCACAAGAAUGUCGAACUGAAAUUUGUCGAUACAAUGCGUCGACAAUUUGAAUUCAGUGUUGACUCAUUUCAAAUAGUUUUGGAUUCCUUGUUGCUAUUCUACGACUGCUCCCAAUUGCCUAUUUCUGAGAACUUCUAUCCAACUGUUGUCGGGGAAUCUGUGUAUGGAGACUUCCAGGAAGCCCUCUAUCAUCUACAAAACAAAUUGAUCUCAACAAGGCAACCCGAAGAGAUUCGCGGUGGUGGUCUCCUUAAAUAUUGCAACCUGUUAGUCAGAAACUACCAACCAGUUGAUUUGGAGAAAAUCAAGACGUUGGAACGUUAUAUGUGUUCCAGAUUUUUCAUAGAUUUCCCUGAUAUGUCAUCGCAACGUGUCAAAUUGGAAGCCUACCUAAGAAACCACUUUUGGGGUGCCGACGAGGAGCCUCUUCAAUAUCAGUACCUGAUGCAUUUACGUGAAGUCGUUGGUUCGUCAACAGUUUGUCUGAUGGGCCAUGAGCGACGGCAGACAUUGUUAUUGAUACAAACUUUGGCCUUACAAGUAUUGUACAGAGAACAAGAGAGACAGCAGCAGCAAGUAGCACAACAGCAACAAACACAACAACAAAAUAACAUUCAGUCAUCGCAUCAUCUUCAAUCACAAUCACAGUCAACGUCACAGACGGUGCAGGCAAAUAGUCCACAAUCAUUGCAACAACCCCAACAAACAACGCUCACACAAUCGCAGCAACAGAUUCAGAUACAGGCUCCACCAGGUCUUUUGUACGCAAAUGGAGUCUACUACGCGCCUGUGAUACCCACAACCAUUUGCACUUGCAAUUCACCAUGGUUAGCGACUGCAACAAUACUAUCACCAGCACCACAACCGCAUCAUCAAUCACAGCAACAGCAACAGACAACAAUCCUGACAGCAUGCUCAUCGGCCGCUUCACCAUCCGCGUCAAGCUCCUCAUCAGUGGUGGCAUCACCCGUCUCAUCAGUCAUCGCUUCUCCAUGCAUCUCACCAUACCCUCAACAAUCCACGCCGGAACCGUCGACACAACUAACGACAGCAACCCCUGUGAGUAUCAUCCCCCAUCACGUCACCUCAGCAGAUUCCAUUCCGGAAAUUCUGAUAAACUAUACAAGUUGAUACAUUUAAGCCCCCCCAUGCAUGCCAAUAACUCCGUGAAUAUUCUCUCCAGAAGCUUAAUUAUCAAGACAUUUUUAAUACAAACAAAAAAUAUACAAAAAACUAAAUGUAUCAACUUUUAUCGCCCCUCGCUUUCGUUUUAACCCCUUCUUUUGGAAAUAUCAACAUAUUUUAUAUGUAAAUCAGAUGUACACCGGGAACUUAUUCAUCGUGGAAAACAUUCAAAUUAUCUAAAAUCGCCAAGAACAUAUUCGAUUUUAAAAGAAAAGAAAAGAACUGACGCAUUUUAUCAUAAAAAUCCAAACAUGUUUAAGUGUUAAGCUCAUUACCCUCUGCCUCCUUCGGUUCGCUGACGUUUCAGCGAAUUCCUAUCUUUCGCAUUCUACUUUUCUGGGAAAGAAAACAAUCAUUUGCAAAUCGUAUACUUAUCACAAAAAACAAAAUUACAAAAAAAAAGUCAAGUGUGAAUUCCUUUUAUUCAUUUUUAUCUGAAUGAGUAAAGUAGAAAGUGAAGAGACGAUUUAAACGUAAUUUAAAUUAAAGAUAGUUUCUUAAGAGUUCAUAGAAUUCGUAGAAUUUAUGACAUACGGCCGUAGGCCACAUGAUGAAGAGGACACGAGGAAUCACCAAUUCUAAUUUUCUUAAUCUCCAAAAGUCAAAACAAAAAUACAAAAUGUGAAAAAUGUGAAACAAAACAACAAGAAAAAUGUG